GCAGGAGCGGCGCGCCUGCGCGGCCCCGGCAUCCUCAGCGCGCCUGCGCGGCCGCAGCGCCUCCCCCGCCCCUCUCGCCGCCGCCGCCGCCGCCGCCGCUGCUGCACUGACGGCGGGUGCCCGCGCCUCAGAGUUACUAGUCUACUCUCGCUUCACCUCCACUCGUAGCCGGCCUCAUGGAUGAACUUCAGGAUGUGCAGCUCACGGAGAUCAAGCCACUUCUCAAUGACAAGAAUGGUACUCGAAACUUCCAGGACUUUGACUGUCAGGAACAUGACAUAGAAACAACUCAUGGUAUGGUCCAUGUCACUAUCAGAGGCUUGCCAAAGGGAAACAGACCAGUUAUACUGACCUACCAUGAUAUUGGCCUCAACCAUAAGUCCUGUUUCAAUGCAUUCUUCAACUUUGAGGAUAUGCAAGAGAUCACCCAGCACUUUGCUGUCUGUCACGUGGAUGCCCCAGGCCAACAGGAAGGUGCACCCUCUUUCCCAACAGGGUACCAGUACCCGACGAUGGAUGAGCUGGCUGAAAUGCUGCCUCCUGUUCUCACCCACUUAAGCCUGAAAAGCAUCAUUGGGAUUGGAGUUGGAGCCGGAGCUUACAUCCUCAGCAGAUUUGCACUCAGUCAUCCAGAGCUCGUGGAAGGCCUUGUGCUCAUUAACGUGGACCCUUGCGCGAAAGGCUGGAUUGACUGGGCAGCUUCCAAACUCUCAGGACUGACAACCAAUGUUGUGGACAUUAUUCUGGCACAUCACUUUGGGCAGGAAGAACUGCAGGCCAACCUGGACCUGAUUCAAACCUACAGAUUGCACAUUGCCCAAGAUAUCAACCAAGAAAACCUGCAGCUUUUCCUGGGCUCCUAUAACGGACGUAGAGACCUCGAGAUCGAAAGACCUAUUCUGGGCCAAAAUGAUAACAGAUUAAAAACACUGAAAUGUUCCACGUUACUGGUGGUAGGAGACAAUUCACCUGCUGUUGAGUCUGUGGUCGAAUGCAAUUCUCGCCUCAACCCCGUCAAUACAACUUUGCUGAAGAUGGCAGACUGCGGGGGCCUGCCCCAAGUGGUCCAGCCUGGGAAGCUCACGGAGGCCUUCAAGUACUUUUUGCAGGGAAUGGGCUACAUCCCGUAUGUGCAGCUCAGUCACCUGAGCACCGAGUCAGUUCCGUCUGCCAGCAUGACCCGGCUCGCCCGAUCGCGCACCCACUCCACCUCGAGUAGCAUCGGCUCUGGAGAAAGCCCCUUCAGCCGCUCCAUCACCAGCAAUCAGUCAGAUGGAACCCAGGAGUCCUGUGAGUCCCCCGAUGUCCUGGACAGACACCAGACCAUGGAGGUGUCGUGCUGAGCAGACACUCCUCCACUGGACCCCGCACGGCCACCCUCUUCAGAUGCCCACUCCGUAGUACAUUUCGCCCCACGAGCUGGCCUCUGCUCUCUGACCCAUGCAUGGCCACUGAACCUCUCUAGUAGCCAGGUGUGUCAUUCCUCCCGCCCAGCGCCUCCCUCUUUUGUAAUGUACCAAGGACCACGCCCAUGCCGUCGCUGUACCAUUCCGACAUCUUUAGCCGAUCCAAGCGCCACAUCUUCUCUUGCCAGCUUUUCCCUGUGCUCCCUCAACUAUGUAAGCGAUAAGAUUCUCUAAUCCCACUCGUGUGUGUGCGAGCACGCGUGUCUGUGUGUGCAUAGUUCUGUGAUUUUAGACAUGCUUUCUCGUAGCGCUUCUGCAGAACACAGAAAAGGGACUUCUUUUGCAUUCUCAGUGUUGUUUUUCAGGGAAGUGUGUGAAACGUUGCUAGGUGAGUAGGCCUAGAAUUCGCAACUCGGUUUCGGGAGAGAGCAGUUCAGAGGACGCGGGAGAUCCAGAUCACUGGGACCAGUAGUGGGAGAGUGCCUGUCCCGUGGGGAGGCAGGCAGGUGGCCAUCCCCUCCUCUGUCUAACUGGAUGCACGUGUGCUGUUCUCUACACAAAAGGGAGGGGUGCAUCCCACUAGAAAGCCAUGGACGCUGAGGUCCUGAUACGACAAGGAGUAGGGAGUGUGGCUUACUGACGGCCUCUCAGCACAGGAAAGCCAGGAGCAGGAUGUUAGGCCUGCUCUCCGCAAGUGCUCACCAGACAGCCACACGUCCACAGAGCACCUGCCAGGCUGUGGUGGACACUGGCUCUCCAUCCCUCCGCCCCAAAGCAGGGAGAGGUGUGGCCUAAAACUCGAGUAGAUGGGGAGGCGAAGGUGAGGAGAGACCAGCCACAAGCGCGGUCACGCGUGAUAUGCCGCAGACGUCAUGGAACCCACCUCAGAGAGAUCCUGAAUCCUGUGAGCUCCCUGUUCUAGGAGGGAAGGGGCCCGUCCGGAGGGGCUGCCCCGUCCGCUGUUACGGGAGGGGCCAAAGCCAGCCAGAGAGGACUGCUGGGACGAGGGGAAAGAUCCGCGAGAGCAGCUGCCGGGAGCGUCCGCUGUCCGCUCGGGCCACACGGACCUGGACCUCGGGAAGGGGCUUCUCAGACGCACUGUCUGCUUUCUGCCGAGAUAGGAAUGCGUCGCUCUGCCAGAGUGCAACUUUUUACUGAUUGUUAAAUAAAGCUGUACACGUCUCCUUGUUA